AUGCGGGCACCGGUAGACCCAUUCUCUUGCUGCGGGGAGGUGAGCGAAGUCGACUCCGACUCACGCCGCACAGAAUGGAUCUGCUGCGCGCUCUGCUUCUGGAUCCUGUGUCCCAUCAUAUCAUGUAUGUAUGGGUACAGCGCGUGCCGGACAUGCUACGUCCGCCAUGCGGAAGCAAAACAUCACAGCCAGCUCAUAAUAGAAGCGAGUAUCCCUCCCCUUCCCAAGAGGCGGCCGCGCAAUCUAUCACUCUCAGCGUCAAGAUCGCGGCCAUCACCGCACAAUCCUCUCGUCCCGAUUCCCCCAAUGCUCUAUGGGUCGAAAUCCCAGGAGGGAACAUUACAUGAUCAAGCUUCUAGCCCGCUAUUCAAAUUGAGCGCUGAACUUCGUCAGAUGAUUUAUCGCAAGGUGCUGAGCUGGCAUCAGUUUGCCAUCAUGCGAAUCCGCAGCUAUUCCGUGGCGAAGCAGGGAGGUGCAAAGGGUAAAGCAAAGCCUAGCCGAUUAAGCCAUUUAAAGUACUCAGCGGAGAGCGAACGGGGGCGGAAAUUUCUCCAGAAUCCCCCCUGGCUUCGGCGAUACUUCGGUAUAGUUGGAAUUCGCCCUUCGCCUCUCAACAGGGACUUCGAGCCCAACGUACCCGGUGAGGAAUUACUUCCGUUGGUAAAAAGCUGUCGCAGAAUCUACCUUGAAGCAAUCGACCUCCUCUACUCCUCCAAUACCUUCCACUUCUACCACGAGGACGACUUCCUCGCAUUUUCCCGCUCCAUCCUCCCCCAGCGCAUGGAGAAGAUUACAUCCGUACACCUCCAUUACUUCCCAGACUACUACUCCAUAGCAUCAAACCCACAACUCGUCCGCGUUAUUCCAACAAUGAGAGAUCUACAGCUAUUGGAUAUUUCCUUCACAGCAACCUCGGCCCGGCGGCAACGUUCAGCCUGGUUCGAUGAUGAUGAUGAUGUUACGAAGAAGGAAAGUGAAGGGCUUGUCGCUCGAAAACUGCGGGAUUUUGGUGAGAAUGUCCUCAUCAAUUUGCGGGUGGAACCACCAAGCGACGGCGAUCAGCUGUCGGGUCGAUAG